CAGUGCUGAGCCUCGUCGGAAGUGGAUUGUCUUGUUUUCGGCUGCGGACUCGGUUCUGCAAAAAGGUCCAAAUUUCUGUUUAUAAUCUUUUAAUUCAGCGCCGGAGAGAAGCGCAAAAUGGGGAAGAAGCACAAGAAAUACAAACCCGAGUGGAGGACGGUGGAAGGAGAUUAUGAGGACAAACCUCUAGAAAAGCCGCUGAAGCUUGUACUGAAGGUCGGAGGAAGUGAGGUCACCGAACUGUCCGGCUCGGGACACGACUCGAGUUACUACGACGACCGCUCUGACCAUGAGCGACACAAAGAGAAGAAAAAGAAAAAAAAGAAGAAAUCAGAAAAGGAGAAGGACAAGCACGUGGACGACGAGGAGAGGAGGAGAAGAAAGGAGGAGAAGAAGAAGAAACGAGAGAGAGAGCAGUUAGAAAAUGCAGCCAGUGCACCAGUGGAGCCUUUCACUCUGUCCAAGCCUGUGGAGGUGGUGGUGGAGGAGAAGAAGAGGAAGAGGGAGAAGCUGGAAGCCGAACCUGAAGCUGAUGAUUUCCAGCCCAGUGUGAAGGUGGAGGUGGAGGCGCAGGCGGAUCGGCCCGUUAGAGCCUGUCGCACCCAGCAAGAAAACGAGUGCACACCUCGCCAGCAGCUUCUCGAGCACUUCCUGCGUCUGCUCCAGAGGAAAGAUCCACAUGGGUUCUUCGCGUUCCCUGUGACAGACGCCAUCGCCCCGGGAUACUCCAUGAUCAUCAAACACCCCAUGGACUUCAGCACCAUGAAGGAGAAGAUCACAACGAACGAAUACAAAACAGUCACAGAGUUUAAGGCAGACUUCAAGUUGAUGUGUGACAACGCCAUGGUGUAUAACCGACCAGAGACCGUCUACUACAAAGCUGCGAAGAAACUUCUGCACACAGGCUUCAAAAUGAUGAGCAAACAGGCCGCCAUCCUGGGUGAUGAGGACAUGGCCGGCGACGAGUCCAUACCUGAAGUCACUCCCAUCCAUCCCGAGUCGGCCAAAAAAUCCAAAAAGCAGCCAGCCAAAGAGCCCAUCAUCAGUGAGUACGAGCCGGAGGGAAACGCCUGCAGCCUGACGGACAGCACAGCGGAGGAACACGUCCUGGCUCUGGUGGAGCACGCAGCCGAUGAGGCGCGCGACCGCAUCAACCGCUUCAUGCCGACCUCUAAGGUUGGUUACCUUAAGAAGGAAGCAGAAGGAUCUCUGAUUUACACCGUGGUUAAUCAGCAGGACCCGGAGGCUGAAGAGGAAGAGACCCUUUCUGUAGAUUUAAGCUCCCUGUCAAAUAAGCUUUUACCUGGCCUGACGUCGCUGGGAUUCAAAGAUGACCGAAGAUAUAAAGUGACGUUCCUGAGCAGUGCGUAUAACACUCAGACGCUGCAGAAUAACUCCGUCUACCCGGAUCUUCUGCCUGAGGAGAUGGAGAUGCUGUACUCGGCCUAUGGGGACGAAACGGGCGUCCAGUGCGCUCUCAGUCUCCAGGAGUUUGUGAAGGACUGUGGCAGUUUUACCAAAAGGCUGGUGGACGAUCUGUUGGAUAAAAUGACGGGUGGAGAUCACUCCAAGGCCGUCUUCCAAAUCCGACAGAAGCGGAACAUGCCUUUGGACGAAGCAAAGUCCAGCUUGUGUGAUAUGCAGGGUGCAGAUGAAGGUGUGAUGGAAAGCAGCUCAGUGCUGGACUUCAUGUCCCUGAAGAGCUAUCCAGACAUGUCUCUGGACAUGCUCAACCCUCUGGCAGGUAAGCCGGUGAAGAAGGAGCCGGAACACGAGGAGGGUCAUCAGCACUAUGACGACACGGCCAAACUGCUGCAGGAGUUCCAGGAUGCGGCAGUGGACAGGGUGGGCUCCAGACCCUCCUCCAACCUCUCUUCUCUCUCUAACGCCUCCGAGAGAGACCAGCACCAUUUAGGGAGCCCGUCCCACCUGGGUGUAGGAGACCAAUCAGAGAUGGUUCACGACCCCUACGAGUUCCUUCAGUCUCCAGAGUCUGGCUCCACGGCCAACAGCUGAUUGACGUGUGCCGUUUCCACGCCCGCUGGCCCUCACGGCCUGCUGUAAAUGGACUGCUGUAUGAUUUAUACGCUUGUGACUGUGAGCUUGUACAGAUUAGCUGCAUUGGGUAUCAUUUUGUACAAUAAACGCUCUCAAGAUUGUGUUUUUGUAAACAUGG